AUGUCUGCGUCGAAAACUUCACCAGCUGAUGUGAUUGCACAACGGUACGAUACUAUCAUUAAAUCAAAGGAGGAUAAGCGAGAAUAUCGUGGAUUGGAACUGAAAAAUGGUCUUCGGAUUCUUCUAAUUUCAGAUCCGAAAACUGAUAAGAGUGCCGCAUCAAUGGAUGUUAAUGUGGGACAUCUAAUGGAUCCAUGGAAUUUGCCCGGAUUAGCACAUUUUUGCGAACAUAUGCUUUUCUUAGGUACUGAUAAAUACCCAUCAGAGAAUGAAUAUAGUAAAUUUAUUUUAUCGCAUGGUGGAAUAACAAAUGCUUAUACAGCUACUGAUCAUACGAAUUAUCAUUUCGACAUUGCUCCUGAACAUCUGCAUGGUGCUCUAGACAGGUUCGUUCAGUUUUUCCUAUCUCCACAGUUUACGGAAAGUGCAACCGAACGCGAAGUACUAGCUGUUGAUUCGGAAUUUUCCAAUAGUCUUUUUAACGAUCAAUGGCGCAUGUUGCAAGUUGAACGAUCAUUAUCAAAACCUUCACAUGAUUAUGGCAAAUUUGGUACUGGCAAUCGUACAACACUGAUGGUUGAAGCAUUGAAAAAUGGGGUUGAGCCACGUAAAGCCCUGUUGGAAUUCCACAAAACACAUUACUCUUCGGACAUAAUGGCAUUUGCCAUUUUGGGGAAGGAAUCAUUGGAUCAGCUGGAGCAAAUGGUUACAUCGCUAAGCUUUGGAGAGAUCGAAAAGAAGAAUGUAUCAAGAAAAAUCUGGAAUGAAGGGCCAUAUGGUGACGAACAAUUGGGGGUUAAAGUUGAGCUAGUACCUGUGAAAGACCUGAGGUAUUUAACUCUGACAUUUCCGAUUCGCGAUUAUCGAGAUGAUUACCGGUCUUGGCCUGCUCAUUAUGUCUCACACUUGAUAGGUCAUGAAGGUCCGGGAUCAUUGUUAUCUGAGCUCAAAAGACGUGGUUGGGUUAAUUCAUUGUCAGCUGGUGAUCGGCUUUUAGCUAGGGGAUUUGGUAACUUCAGCAUAUCAGUGGAUCUAAGCGAAGAAGGUUUACUACAUACCGAUGAUAUCGUUAAGCUAGUGUUCAAUGAAGUCGGUUUGGUGAAGCAAACUGGCCCACUGAAAUGGAUUUUUGAUGAAUUGAAGCAGUUGCAAGAAAUUAAAUUUCGUUUCAAGGACAAAGAAAAUCCGUUAAAUUAUGUUACACACAUUUCCUCAGAAUUGCAACGGAUACCGUUCGAAGAUGUAAUCUGUGCUGAUUAUAGGAUGGACUUGUACAAACCAGAUUUGAUAAAGGAAUUUGUCGAAGGAGUGAGACCCGAAAAUAUGUUUUACGCGGUGAUUUCACAAAAAUAUACUGGCAAAAAGGAUAAUAUUAAAGAAAAAUGGUACGGGACGGAAUACAAUACUGCAAAAAUUGACAAGAAGGUUUUAUCGGAAUUCAACGACGCACUAGCGAAGAUACCAGAUUUCUUGAGCUUACCAGCUAAAAAUGAGUACAUUGCAACCAAAUUUGAUCUGAAACCACGCGAAGAAAUCAGAAAAAUACCAUACCUUGUUUUGAAUGACGAUUGGUGUCGGUUGUGGUUUAUGCAAGAUAAUGAUUUUAAGCUGCCGAAAUUAAGCACGCGAAUAGCGUUCAAAUCACCAAUGAUGCAGUCAGAUCCGUUGAAUUCCUAUCUCUCUGCAAUGUUCGUCAUUUGUUUACAGGAUGCUAUCAGUGAGGAAACUUACAAUGCCCAUCUUGCUGGCCUGAAAUCAUCGUUCGACUUGCAGUCUUAUGGCAUUACUUUGCAUGUAUCUGGUUAUGAUGAGAAGCAGCCGAAAUACAUUAAUGAUUUGGUUCAACGGUUUAUAACUUUUGUGCCAGAUAAGGAACGCUACAAGGUACUGAAAGAAACCUUUUGCCGAAAUUUGCGAAAUUUUCGUCAAAGCCAACCGUAUAUGCAGUCUCACUACUAUACUACGUUAUUGCUUGGUUGCCGACAAUGGAGCAAGGAGGAAGUAUUGGCUGUUGCCGAGAACUGUGAGGUUGAAAAGUUGCGGAAAUUUACGCGUGAAUCUCUACAAGCUUUACAUAUUGAAGCGCUUGUUUAUGGCAAUAGCACUGAAGAAGAAUCUUCCAAAAUUCUCGAUGAGAUUGUGUCAAAGUUCAAAGGACUUCCGGAUACUCGACAUCUUUUUAGUAAUGAAUUGGAUCAAUGUAGAGAGCACGAGAUUCCAAAAGGAUCCCAAUAUGUGUACAAGGCAUUUCAAUCAACACAUCCAAAUGCAUCCAUCAAUUAUUUUAUGCAAACAGGUCUACAAGAUAUCCGAGAGAAUGUUUUGUUAGAAUUAGUCGUACAAUUAGCUGCUGAACCUGCUUUCAAUCAACUGAGAACAACUGAACAGUUAGGUUAUAUUGUCCACACAGGAACCAGGCGAAAUAAUGGUGUUCAAGGAAUAGAAUUAUUGAUUCAGGGGCAGCACGUUCCGGAAUUUAUGGAAGAAAGGAUCGAAAAUUUCCUUGUGAAAUUCAGGUCUGAUCUCGAAAAAAUGUCCGACAGUGAAUUCCUCGAUAAUGUUGAAGCACUUGCAACUAAACGUCUCGAAAAGCCAAAGACAAUGAAAGCUCAAGCGGGUCGUUAUUGGGCUGAAGUUGAUAGCAGAUUUUAUUUGUUCGAAAGAGAUGAUAUUGAAGUGCCCAUACUACGCAAAUUGACCAAAGCAAAUGUCAUCGAAUACUUUGACAAACAUUUUGCGGUAAAUUCUUUGGAAAGACGAAAACUUUGUGCAGUGGUUUACGCUAAUUCCGAAACUGAAGACACAGUUGCGAAACGCGAACACGAUGCUUCCGGUGAUGCGGCACAGUUGGCUGAACGGAUAAAUAAUAUCAGUAUAUUCAAAUCUCGACUAUCGCUUUAUCCAUUACCGCAACCAGCGGUGGAUAUUUAUCAGCAAAUUUCGAGAGAACAAAGUGCAGUUUACAAGAAGUGAUUUUUAAAUCGGUCUUCAUUGUUAAAUGAGGUUUUAUUUUCUGAUUGGAAUUGUCG